AUGACGACCGCCAAGUUCGUCCUGCCCAUUGUGGCAGUGUGUGCGCUGAUCGGAGUGCUGUUUGUGGUAGCCCCGUCGCAUGCGGGGAGCACUGUGAUUGCCUCUGAAGGUGGCGACGCUCUGACCGGAACCGAAUUCCCCUCGGACAUCAGCCGUGGCCGCGUGCUCAAGCACAAGAGCUCCGAUUCAAGCAGCUCCGAUACAAGCAGCUCCGGCUCUACUAGCAGCUCCGGCUCCAGCAGCAAGAAGUCGAAGAAGAGCGACUCGACUUCGUCAGGCUCGUCCCCCUCCCCGUCUCCCUCGAAGAAGUCGAAGAAGGGAUCAAGCGCGCCGUCCGAUUCCCCCCCGCCUCCUACCAAGUCGGGGAAGAAGUCAAAGAAGGGCUCUGACGUUCCCGCCUCUCCCCCGCCGCCGACCACCACCGGGAAGAAGGGGAAGAAGGGCGGAAGCACCGACACUCCCGCCACUCCCGCCUCUCCCCCGCCAACCACCCCCAAGAAGAAGGGCGGACACAAGAACUGGACCGCCCCUGCGACGCCCACCCCUGAUCCCGUGCCCGCGCCUGCUACGAGCGGAAAGGGCGGAAAGAAGGGCAAGAACAACGCGGGUGCGGGUGCAGGUGGCGGCGGGUCCGCGCCCGUGGUGGUGAGCAAGGCGGACCAGAAGGUCCAGGGGCUGCUGAAGACGGCGGCCGGCGGCGUGCAGAAGGCGGCGGACGCGCUGGGCACGAAGCACAAGUACUACGCGAGCCUGACGGCGACGGUGCAGGCGCUCACGAACGCCGGCAUUCUCAUCGACGAGGGGCAGCGCACGCUCGUGCAGGGGCAGAUCACCAACGCCAUUUCCACCAUCGACGGCGUCUCCGUUAUGCUCGACCCCGUUAACGAUAAGAAGGUGCUCGCGCAGCUCGCGACCGCUAGGACCACCGCGGAGGAUGCGUCGAAGGCCUUCAAGCCAUAG